CAAAGUGCUCGUUGUCAUAACAUUGUGCCGGUUAAAAAAAACCCGCAUGUAUCAACAAAAAGCACGUGAAAUUGGUAAAUUGUUUUGGAGGUAUUGUAAAACCGAUUGAUCAUGGCCACUAAACCACUGCUCUACCUGGAGGAAUAUAAGCUGAAGCAGGAUGCAAACGAUUACGGAUUGGCCGACGAGCCAUGGGACUUUGAGCGAUUUAAGCAGCAGCUGCAAAUAAUCGUCGUACGAUACGAUGACGACGAGCUGGAGUUCGACAUGAUCGGAGUGAGUUGUGCCAUUGCGAACGUGUUCCGACGAUUGAUGCUGAGCGAGGUGCCAAGUAUGGCUAUUGAAAAGGUGCACAUCUAUAACAAUACAUCGAUCAUCCAGGAUGAGGUGUUGGCACAUCGGUUGGGAUUGAUUCCGCUGCGUGCCGAUCCGCGCAUGUUUGAGUAUAAAGCCAACGAAACCGAUCCUCCGACGGCACAGGACACUCUAGAGUUUGAGCUGAAGGUGAAAUGUACCCGCAAAACGAAGGAAGUGACGGAGAUGACGAAUAACGAUAGCAUGUACAAGAACCACAGCAUAUAUUCGGGCCAGAUUAAGUGGAUCCCGAUAGGAAAUCAAUCGACCGUUUACACGGAAGCCGCCGUAGGUCCGAUCGAUGAUGAUAUUCUUAUCAGCAAAAUGCGUCCCGGGCACGAAUUCGACAUUAAACUGUUUGCGGUGAAAGGUGUCGGUAAAGAUCACGCCAAGUUCUCCCCGGCGGCAACCGUUUCCUAUCGCCUGUUGCCGGAUAUUAAACUGAAUCGACCGGUCAUGGGAAAUGAUGCACGGUUGCUACAGAAGUGCUUCUCGCCGGGGGUAAUUGAGAUCGCAAAGGAUGAUUGUGCGUACGUGAAGGAUGCGCGGUACGAUAGUUGCAGUCGGAACGUGUACAGAUAUCCUCAGAUUGCGGAUGCGGUUACGCUGGCCCGCGUACGGAACCAUUUCAUAUUUACGGUGGAGUCCCUAGGUGCCCUCAAGCCGGAGGUUAUCUUUGUGGAGGCAGCGAAAGUACUGAAGAAGAAGUGUCGAAUGUAUUUGGAUCAAAUAAAGGGUAAUUGAAAUCGGUAUGUAAUUAA